CGUUUGUGCAUUCUCGUUUGUGCAUUCUCUUCGGUUCUCAAUCGCAUACAGAUACCUGUCUGAUCAGAAGGUGAGUAGAAAUCUAUAGGCUUAGCAUAUGGUUUAUUUGCACAGUCAGAUAAUCGUCUCGCUCACCGAUUCGUCAUAGAAGAUGAAUCUCUUGACAUUGAACCGCGAUGUCAUCGAUAUUAUUUUGUCUUGCAUAUCGCCAGGGGAUGCUGGAAAGCUGUCAUUGACUUGUCACGAUGCAUACAACAUCGCAAUGCCGCGCUUCCUGUCGGAGGUCAUUCUCAGGCACGAGCGGCAGGCCAUAAGCUUUUGCUCCUUCAUGCUCACGAACCCCACACUUCGCAUCCGUUGUCUGAAGCAUCUCACACUCUCGGACUCGGUGUUCACCCCCCGAGCGGACAAUCUCUGUAGUCGACAGAACUACGCCCACAUCGUCUUUGGCUGAUAUGGUACGAUAUGCGGCAGCGUCGGUGUUCGGUCGUUGGUAUACGGCGCCUUCGCCCCUGUUCAUCACGUCUUCAGUCGAGAAAAACACUCCUGCGUCAUCUUUGGCUGAGGUGAUUCGACAGGCGACCAGAUUACGCAAACUGUAUCUGCGCAUGUCCUACAAUACGAUACAGGAAUCUUUCUUGGAGCAUUUUCCACCAUUGGCAGAUGCGAUUGCUGCCCUUCCUUCUCUCGACGACGUCUUCAUUUAUGAUGCAAAUGCCUCAGCACUACAACUUCUCUCAUGCAUGAAGAGCCAUCCACGUCAUCAUAUCACAUUGUAUCACCCACAAAACAUUCGAGGAAGUGGUAACGGCCUCCCAAUGAACGCUCUAGACAACACCAUGCUGUCCCUGCUCACCUUUGUCGAUUCUCUUGUCACCUUAAGCCUGGAUGGCCAUCACAUUUUCUCUAGAACUCUGAAGGCAGAUAGCGUUUGGCCUGCACUUCAUGAGCUGAACCUAUGCAGCACGACAAUCGAUCUCACGAGCAUAUCAACUGCAUGUCCCAAUCUGCACACGCUGCACAUUGACCGAUGCAAACUUACCAAUCCGCAUGCCUCGCUUCAUCUACCAAAGCUUGACUUCCUUGAGGUUGAUUAUUCACUUCCUCUAUCCACCCGAGUUCGUCGACUGUAUCUUGUCAAUUCUAAAGCAAACAUCACCUCGAAGAUCGAAUCAAUGCUCCAGCAGGCGAAUCCUGUUGUUCUAACCUGCUAUCUGACUAUGGCGAAUACCAUGGCGAUAGCAAAAGUUUGCCCUGAUCUGCAGGAUUUGAGAGUUGUGGUGCCGCAAGAGCGUGGACUUGUUGAUGUACUCAAAAUUCUUUGUCCAUUGCGAGAAACACCAAUACAGAGUAUCAUGUUCCAGACGGGUCGUCUCACUACAUGCACCAUGGAACCCUUCGCACUUCAAGUCGCAGCCCUCAUCCCCACGGUGGAGUAUAUAGGUCAGGGGUACGUUGGUGGAGUCUAUAGAUGUUAUCUGCCACUCGUAGUGUCUAUUCCCUGGUAUCAAGUCGUGGCCCGCCCCGACGGCGAGCUCCCGAAGCUUCGAAAAUUACCAUUUGACGAGGGCGAUAAAAUCCAUCAGGAUCUGCCGGAAAUUCGUCGAUAUGUUAUCGACUGGUCUGGGGAUCCCCCGCAUUCUAUAGCGCUUCCGUGGUGAUAAGACGGAGCAAUGGUCGCGUUUGCGUUGUCUUCUACACGAGUUUAACGUAUGAUCAUGUUGCGGAGGGCCUCCUCUCAGAGAUUGCAUCUAUUCUGCCAGCUCUCACGGCAGCCUGUACCAUUAGCACAACUUGCGAU